AGUUUCAAACAUUAGGCAAAUAAAUUAAGAGGCCCAUCAAACGUGUUUGCUCCAGUUAAUCGAAACGUGAAAAAAAAUCAAUUCCAUACGCACUGAAAACUUCCAAAACAAAUUAUUCGAGUCCUUCUAAGCACAGAAACGGAAAUGGCUGAAGGAACUUAUGAAUUUGAAUGCAUGAGAGCUGAACUCUUGGGUAUUGCCAAACCCGAUCAGGAGGAAUUUGAAAAGGCCCGUGCAGAGCGUUUAUUAAGGGAACAAGAGGAGCAGUUGGCAGCGGAGGCCCAGGCCCUAGAGGAGCAGGAUGAGUCUAUGCAAAACACCAACAGCAAAUUGGAUGAGUUGGGCACCAUACUCUCAUCGACACAGCAGAAAAUCUUCCGUUUUAAACAGAGUGCUGCUGGUAGUCUUUCAAAUAUAUUUGGUCGUUCUGGUUCCGUAGAUGUAGCCAAUGAGGCCGCUGGCUCUUCUUCCAAUGCAUCUUCUGCCGGCACCAGUAGACGCAAUACCACAGCGAAUACCUCAAAUAUCAAUGAAGCCAUGCAUGCUUUGGAUGAAAUGAAGCAUCAAGAGGGUCAACCUGUUAUACCCACAGAAAAGAUACGCCAGGCUAAAAUGGAUAUUAACAAAAAGAUGACUUCACAUUUGGAUCGUUUGGAUGAUAUGAUUAAUAAAGCGGAUAGAGCUGAAAUUGCCAUGUCCGAGCAAACAAAACAAAUGCGUCAAAUGGCAAAGUAGAUGUAUGAAAAGAAAAUGAAGGUGAAAGUCAAUCAAAGUCAUAGACUACAAAGCAAAUCAUGUGACAUACCGCAAUCAAAAAAUCCACCAUCAACGAACUUAAUGUUGUGUUUCCUUCUUUCUCUCAUUGAGUGUAGCACCAACUACCACCACCAUUUUUAAACAUAUACAGUCAUUGUCACUUGGAAGGAAAUCAGGAAGAAGACUCCACAAUGUUCCUGUAAAUCCAGCAGCAUAUCUUCCAUAAGCUUUUGCUAAAACAUUCCAAAAACACCAACAUCAUAUUAGUUGGGAUUUGAUAUUUUUCCAAAUGCUGUUUAACACCCAAUAAUCUCGUUUACAGAACAGAGGGCCUUAAGAUUAAAUGAUUGGUCAACUGCCAUCAGUUGCUGUAAGGGAAUCGAUUUUGAAAAAUAAGAACGAACUCCAAAGUACAUCUAAAUGUCAAUUCACUAGAUUCUAUCUGUAAGUAUCUAUAUGAUCAUCUGUGUUACCUGCAACGAUAUAAACUUAGCACCACCAUCUAUUAACUUCAUAAAUCAAAGCCUUCAUACUUUCAGUUGUUUAAGGUUUAUAAGCUAUAUGUUCCGAAAAUGAAAAUAUCACCACCAAAACGCCUAAAACGAAUCAAAUAAAAUCCAUUACGAAUCACA